CGUGGUGAAUUUACUUGUUUUCUGUUAAAAUACAUUAUCUGCUUUACAUUUUAAUAAAUCAAUAUAUUAUUGUUUUAGAGGUAAAUAGUUUGGUUUGUGAUGGCUUUUUGUUAAUUUUUACAGACAUUGAUGUAAUAUCUGUGUUUGCUAGUGGUUACCGGCUCAGUUUGGAGGGAAAAUGUGGGUGGUUUGCGUGCCCAGUUGGGGAGUGGCCAUGGCGGCCGGUGCUAUUAUACUAUAUGGCACAUUGGAUGUGGCAUACUUCGCUAGAAUGAUGUACACGGUGGCUAAAGCCAGGUAUUUCAAGAAGAAGGCGUGCAUACUGGAUACCACGGAAGUUCGUUCGUGGUGCCUACUCACCGAUAUAGACACACUACUAUAUCACAUGAACAAUGCUCGAUACUUGAGAGAAUUGGAUUUCGCCCGUGCUGACUUCUACGAGCGUACGGGACUAUACGCCAAUAUUAAGGCGGCAGGUGGGGCGGUGGUGCAGGCAGCAGCCACCAUCCGGUACAGACGGUAUCUAAAGCCGUUCACCCGAUUCACAAUUACUUCAAAGGCAAUAUAUUGGGAUGAAAAGACAGUGUUCAUGGAACACGAGUUCAUUGGACCUGGUGGUUUCGUCCACGCUGUCGCUGUUUGUCGCCAACGAGUCAUAGACACAUCGGCAGCGGCGAUAGCAGAUCUACUGCUGCAGUUGCAUUGCGCUGGUGCUUGCCAUGCGCCGAUAGGGAAGAUGCCUCCAGAGUUGGAACUCUGGGUGCAAAGCAACGAGUUGAGUUCAGCCAAACUAAGGGGUUCAACAGCCCCCCGACCCUCAGUACAGGCAGACCCCCUCAGCUGUGGCGAGGUGUUACCAACACCAGCGAGCGAAUGAAAAUACCUAUUUCACUGCCAGAGCGAUAAUUUGAGGUAUCGGUUGAAUUAAGGGCUAUGUUGAAGUGAUUGUACGUUUUUUUUAUAUUAAUAAAUUGUCAUAUACGUCUAGUAUAUCAGGCGAGCCGUAUGCUUGUCAUUAUGACCGACUGUAACCUCUUUUAAUGGAAUACUUAUUGCCUAUUUAAGGCAAUGCCUGCGACUGACAAACCGGCAAAUUGGCGGUGUUUUAUAAUAUAUUAUAUGCAUUGAUUCAGUUUAUUCAAUUACAUAUUUAGACUAAUUCCUAUAAUAAAAGUAACUACUACUCUAUUUCUAAAUUCUAUAUCAAUAUUUACAACAAAAUUCAAUAAUUUACAACAAAACACGACAAUAACCUGUGAAAUGUCAGUCUAGAAUUAUUACGAAAAUUUUAUUAUUAAAUUUACUAAUAUUAGUUCGAUGUUAGAAGCCCUUAAGUAUGAAAGAGAUGGAAAUUAGGUUUGCCCGUUCUAGCAGUGAAAUGGAGCGAAAAAGAGGUUCUUAUAUUCGAGGAGUAAUUGACAUCUGCUUGUUUACCUGUACUAUUAUAAAUUGUAAAAUAAUUAGUACAUCAUUAAAUAAUUAUGUACGAGAUGAAAUCUAUAAGACUUAUUUGUAUCCAAGAGAUAUGCAAGAAGU